AUGGGACUGAGCAACGGAAAGACGGCGUCUAAAAUCAACUAUGUCGCCUUUGAGCUUCCUGGUGGGUCUGGGACGCCACUUUCGUCCUUGUACGAAGUCAUUGAUAUGGGACAAGACGGUAUCGCGAAAACUGGCGAGGUGCUGCCGCUUUCGAGUGUCAAGCUGCUCGCUCCGGUUUCUGGCCGGGAUGUACUGGCUGUUGGCAAGAACUAUGCUGAGCACGCGAAAGAAUUCAACGCCUCGGGGUAUGAUGCGUCAGACAAGGCCGAUAUACCCACGCAUCCCGUCAUUUUUACCAAAAGAGCCACUUCUAUUAUUGCCCACGGCGACGACAUCUUUCCUCACCCUGGCUUCACAGAGUCUGUCGACUAUGAGGGUGAGAUAGGUGUCAUUAUUGGCAGGGCUGGCUUCCGAAUCUCCGAGGCCGACGCCAUGAACCAUGUCUGGGGCUACACCAUCAUCAACGACAUGACGGCCCGAGAGCGCCAGAGAGACCAUAAGCAGUUCUACAUCGGCAAGAGCCCGGAUACAUUCUGCCCAAUGGGACCUGUGGCGGUUGCGAAGGAGGACCUCCCGUCCGUCCUGGAGAUUGAGACGACUGUCAACGGGGAGAAGCGCCAAACUGCCAAUACGGAUCAGCUCAUCUUCAGCAUACCGUACUUGAUCCAAACCAUGUCUGCAGGCCAGACGCUGCGACCGGGUGACGUCUUGGCCACUGGAACACCUGCUGGCGUUGGCUUCGGCUUCCGGCCUAUGAAGUUUCUCCACCAAGGCGACGAAAUCAGCGUGAGCGUCACGGGCCUCGGCACGCUCACGAACCGCAUUGCCUCUCCUAAUUCUGUGAACUCUACGUUGGAGAGUGUCUCUUCCGAGUCACAUAUUCCGCAGUCCAACGUCAGGGCACCUCCGUCAAUAUUGACAAGCAUUGGUGCCAAGCAUCUCUUUUACCAGAAGCUCGAGGCCAAGAGGGACUCGGGCGAGAACAUCGCUUUUAUCCAUGGCCUGGGGAGUAGUAGCAGCUACUUUGCAGCAUUGACGGCGCCCCUGCAAGAACAUGCCAACUUGCACUUGAUGGAUCUUGAGGGUCACGGCCUAUCGCCAACGUCGGCAUCGAGCACGCUCUCGAUUGCGUCCUUUGCCAAGGACGUAGCCAAUGUCCUCGACGCCGCCGGCGCCGAAGAAGUGACAGUUGUGGCUCACUCGCUGGGCUGUCUGGUAGCGGUCAAGCUUGCCCUCGACCGGCCGAACCUGGUCAAGAAGCUCGUCCUGAUGGGACCUCCCCCGUCUCCCCUCCCAGAGGCUGGCGUGACGGGCACGAUAGCCAGGGUAAAGGCGGUUCGAGACAAGGGCAUGUUUGAUGUGUCCAACACGAUUCUGCAGACGGCCCUGUCGGACGAGACCAAGUUAUCCAACCCUACAGCCGUAGCAGCCGUUCGUAUCUCGCUCUUGGGUCAAGACGCUGAGGGCUACGCCAAAGCGUGCGGUGCGUUAGCAUCAGCGCCAGGCAUGGAUUUUGCUCAGAUCAAAGCCCCGACUUUUAUAAUUACAGGAAGUGAGGAUACGGUUUCUCCACCUGCAUUAUGCGAUGGGUAUUCCAGUCAGAUUAGCAGAAGCAAGGUAAAGACGCUGGACAAGGUGGGCCACUGGCAUCUCUUCGAGGCGAGCGAGAGAGUGGUCAGCUUAGUGGCCAACUUUGUCAAGGAGUGA